CUUCAGAAGAUCGGUGGUAGAAAAAGUAACUGGACGCUGUCUGUGCCACCACCAGGAGUUUGGCGGCAUUGGGGCGCGGUCUGCCUGUUGCUCUUUGGGAAAAAAGUCAAAGAGGGAUUGUUCACGGCCAGAUGUCGAGUCGCAGCCAGCAACCAUGCGCAACUUUGUAGCUGGACGGUACAUCGAAUUUCAGCAUCAAUCAUGAGUAUCACUGUAGCAUUCUAGUUGACCCAUCUACCACAGAAAAUCAAAAACACGAAGCCGGCUAAGGGGCCAGAACGGCCGCAAUAAUCGAUCCUACCCCCGCGGCGACAGUGACAGACCUGUCCACGCCUCUUCUGCUGGAGUCAGUCGUCCACGUCCGACCGUAGAAUAUCACACCAGAAUACAACUCAAAUUCCAAAAAGAUGGCUCCCUCUCCAAGCUUUGACAGCAAGAAGUUUUCUGCCCGCGACACGGUGUCACACACCGAGGCGGCGCACUCGAAAGCCAUGGAUUUGGCAGCGCACGUGGUGAAUUUUGACGACAAGGUUGCGAUGUUGGCCGAAAAAAACAAGUUGCUGAAAGGCAAGCUAGCGGCUCACCAGCUGGACACGGCGGAGGUAUUAAUUUUCUAGAACAAGCAUAAGAUUUUUUUCUGUUGACGCGAAGAUACUAACUAAAAGAAUCGUAGACCCACUUGUUAUGCAUUCAUUAGUACUGCUGCGUUCAUCAAAAAAUAACGAUCCGAGGUCAUGAGGGAACUGGAGUACACGCGCUUCGCCUGUUUCUACAAGUGGCGCGACAUCGUGGCCGCCGAAUACCGGCGGAAGAGGUUACAAGCCAAGAAACAAGCCUUCCAGGAGGACGGGGACCGGCUGCGGUUGGACAAGCUAGAUCGCGAAACUGUUUUGCGGGAAGCGGAACGAAAAAAAGCGGAAAUGGAGCAGGAGAAAGCAACAUUGCAGGAGGAGUGUACAAACUUCGGCUUUGAUGUUUUUCAUCCUGGAGUGCAUGACUGGUUGCGUUUUUUGUUGAAUAAUUCACUCACUGAAAUAAAAAUACUUGCAAAAGGAAAAGCGAACUUGUUGCGUGCGUGACAAAUCGAAGUACUCCCUUGUUGAACUUCAGGUUCCGCCGUGCGGUCCCAGCUCGAGCAGUUGAUAUUGGAAGAGAAGCAGCUGGAGUUGCAAUUGGCAAGUAACGAAGACUGGCUUGACAUCAUGCGGACUAACGCAACGGAAAAAGCGCAACUGAGAACAAGGCUUUCGUCCUCACAGCAGAGCAAGCACGAGCCUGGUUGUUCUGUUCUCCAUUCAAAAUCCAGCACACCGCCGCUUACGCCGACAGGAAGACACAGCAACGUGUCCGUGUCAUCGCUGGUGCGGGAGUUCGGGUAUUGAAAAAUGCCAUGUCUUACUGCGUGAGACGUAGGAAAGUCAGGAGGUUUCAUGGAGCUCCUUUUACGACCUGCCCUCGUCGACGCUCCCGCCCCCCCGCGCGCAGGUCCCGCGCCAGCGCCGGGCCUCCGCGCCAGCGCCGCCCCGCGCCGCGCGCAUCGGCGCCCGUGCCUCCCGCGCGCCCGCCGCCCGCGCCGGCGGGCUUGCAGGGUCACAGCGUCUACGACCUGCCCUCGUAGACGCGGUGGGGGGCCACAGCGUCUACGACCUGCCCUCGUAGACGCGGUGGGGGGCCACAGCGUCUACGACCUGCCCUCGUAGACGCGGUGGGGGGCCACGGCGUCUACGACCUGCCCUCGUAGACGCGGUGGGGGGCCACGGCGUCUACGACCUGCCCUCGUAGACGCGGUGGGGGGCCACGGCGUCUACGGCCUCUGCUCGUAGACGCUGUGGGGGGUCACAGCGUCUACAACCUCUGCUCGUAGACGCUGUGGGGGGUCACAGCGUCUCCGGCCUCGGCUCGUAGACGCUGCGGGGGGUCACAGCGUCUACGGCCUCGGCUCGUAGACGCUGCGGGGGGUCACAGCUCCUUUAGCUUUUUGACUACUUCUUGCAUGCAACGAUGGCAGCUUUUAGUACUGCAAAUACUGAGACUGACACUGACAUCACACACAACUCCCAUGCUUCAGGAUUCCUCCCUCCUCCUCAACAUCCACCUGCAACCCUGCGGGCCCCGGGCAACUGACCCUCCAGCAGGCUGCGCGCGUGAAGGCCGGGCUGCUGAAGUCCCUCGCGCAGUUGGACGAGUUCAACAAAAAGCGGCACAAGGACGCAGCGGCCGCCUUGGGAGGUCCUGCGCACCAUGCGUGGUCGUCAAGUAUGAGGCUGCAGACACAAUCCGGGAAGGAGCUGUCGCCGAUAACGCCGGAGGUGGUCCUCGGAGAAGAUAUUAGCGACUUGCACCGGCAGGCCCGCGGUGACAACACAGAGGAAGUGGUAAACCUGAAUAGUGUCACGGUGAACCCACCGCCACCAAUAAAAGGCCUGAAUUCAUCAGCAUCAUCCUAUUAUACGACCACGCCAAAGAACGCGAUGCCACCGACGCGACUCCUCAGCACGAGCAGCUCGUCCGCGUCGGUUGGUAUUCCCGCGCCGGCGAGCGUGACGCUGCCGCGGCCGACGGGCGCGCAUUCCAGUUCGACUUUCAAUUUACAUAGUCGGAUCGUCAGCGGAACAAGUGCUGCGGUUGUAGGGCGUGGAGUGUUGACCAGCACUGGUACUUCUUCUGCUGCUCCUUGUCAAACAGCUACAAGAACGCCAAACAGGAACCACUACGUCGGCGGACAACAGCACAACAACCUUGCUGCCGCUACACUAUCGGCAGUUGCAUCUACAGGCACGUCUGCCACUGUAAGUAGAUCAACACUGAGGAAGCCAACCGGUCUGCGGUCGCGCGCCGGCACGGCUUCUACGACCAGUUUGCUGUCGACACCUCUGCUCAGGGACCGCGGAUCAACCGGGGGUGCGUUUUCUGCGCAGGGAGCUGCGGCGGAUGUAGUUGGGAACAAUCUGGGUGCAGAGGGAGCGGACCAGCAGCGAGGGCCGAGAAUCAGUGGAAGUGGAAAGAACGUCAAAUCUUCCUAUUGCUUCAAGACUCCGGUCCCAGCGAUGGGGCCAUUGUAAGAUGACAAACGAACAUAAGAUGAAAGAAUCAAUUACGAAAAAUGAUAAUCGCGGAACACUGGUGCAGCUGAACGGCCACACAUUUGUACAAUUUUUUGAAAAUAGAAAAGCAGAGAACAUUUCUGCAAGAGCUUCAAACACGAGCUAAGCCUAAGUGCCUAGCACCUGUUCUCUC